UUUUAACAGUUUUCUGACAGUUUUUUGACAGUUUUUCGAGUUUCUUGACUGAUUUUUGUACAGUUCUUUGCCGAUCGACAUAUACAAUCCCCGAUUCUGGGAUGUCGCAAUUCGUGUCAUUGCGCGCUCCGAUCGAUCUCUCGCUAUUGCCUGUUUCCCUCUCGAUAACCGAGCGACCAGCGAAGAAUCGAUGGUAAAUCGGGGCGCCUUUCACGAGGAGGCGAUCGAGUUUCUCUGGUGCCCUACCGUGAACUGCGCUUUGUGCGCUCGAUUUGUCAGGCGAGGACGGGCGUAGCGUAGCGAAGCGAAGCGGCUCGCCGCGUCAAGCGGAUGCCGCGUUAGUCUGUGCUCGUCGGCGCGAAACGUCGAUCCGACGACGAUUCGAGAUUAACGUUCGAGGAAGCCGGUGACGGGGAAACAACACGACGAGGAGGAGGUUCUGGAAGAGUAGCGGAAAGAGGAAGAGAAGGAGCAGGACGGCGACGACAACAAUAACGACAACAACGACGACGAGAAGAAGAGGUUCGCACGGCCGCCGAAUCCGCAUCGGCGAUGUGGCGAGCGUCCUGGGCCGCUGGCUGUCCAGCGGGGGUGCUCGUGCAUUCCGUGACGGUCCUGGCGUCGAGCUUUCGGGUCGAGGGGUGAGGAAGUCGACAUAGGAGACGCUCAGUUGCGCUCAGGCGACCACUCGCUCGAACGCAGAUUUGGGGGUGAGCUUCACAGAGCUGCCUUCUGGCUGUCUACGCCGAGGAAGUCGACGACGACGACGACGUACUUUACUUGACGAUCAGUCUUCGACGGUAGGUCAGUAAUCUACCUUCGACAGACCGCACUAUGGCAUCGCAGAGUCAGAGCACCAUCAACGUCACCUCGCCUGGUACCACAGCAGCAGCAGCAGCGGCAAAUGGACCACCGCCGACGUCUACGUCGGUGCCAGGUCCAGCCGUCCUGACUAGCACGGCUGUAAAGGCACAGACUGGUGCUCAGCCGUCGCAGUCACAGUCUCAGCAGCAGGCCAACAACAUUGAACCAAUGGACAAGAGUUCCUCUAAUACACUGAAGCGUAACCCAAAGAUGGAGUUGAGCAAAACCGAUUUGCUGAAGUUAUUGGGAUAUCUAGAAGGGGAGCUUCAAGCUAGGGACAUUGUGAUAGCGGCAUUAAAAUCAGAAAAAAUGAAGCAUCUUCUAAGUUCUCGGUAUCUCAGCAGUACUGCAGAUCCACAUGCAGCGUUAGCUCGUGACGUUGCAAUAGUAGGUGGUGUUAUCGGAGUCGAAGGGAACCAAAUUGAUCAACAAGUCGCUAGUCUGGAAGCCCUGGUGAUGCAGCAAAGGAAGGCGCAAUGUAGAAUGACUAAAGUCCUCAGAGAUGCAGAAAUUAGGCAUAGAGCAGUAAUUAAAGAAUUGGAAGAGGAGAAGCGAAAACACGAGCACGAUACCGCUCAGGGUGAUGAUAUCACUUACGGUCUUGAGAAGGAACGGACAAGAUUGAAAAAAGAGUUGGAACUGGAGAAACAGGAAAAGAAAAGACUGGAGAUGGAAUUAAAAAAGGUGAACGAUCAUGUUGAAGAGGAGAAGAAUCGGCAGAAGCAAAUAGUACUUCUCCUUUUGGCGGAACGUAAGAAGAUCAUCAUGAAGUACAUCGAGGAGAGGAAACGAUCUGAAGAUUUGGCGCAAAUACUCAGUGAGGAAAAAGUCAGGAUAGACUCGAUGGCCGAAGGCCUCGAAGAGGAGAGUAAGAAAUCGUUGCAGAUGGAAGCGGAAUUGGAGAAGCAGUUGGCACAGUUCGACAUGGAGAGACAGCAGUACCGCCAAGCUCUCGUAAAGGAGGAGAAGAGAGCAAAGGACUUGGAAACGGAAUUGGAAAAGCUGCGACUCGAGAUGGACACGUGGAAAGAGUCACAGACACGGGGACCCGCGAGGGGAGUCAGUGCAACUCCGCCACCGCCACCCGCGAAACCAGCAAAUUUAGUCGCUAUGCCAACGCUGAGGCCGGCCAGCGCUCCGCAAACAAUGAAAGGAGCAGUUCUGGGUACGGGGACACCAAUGGUUAGUAGUAAAGUCGUCCAACCCACUGCCACGGUGUCCAGUGUUCCUGUCAGUGGACCAACAACUGGAAUUGCUAGAUCGGUAACACCUGGACAGGCACUUCGUGGGGUCACGUAUACACCUAAUGUAGCCUCUGUCGGUGGAGAAUCUCCAGCCCCUUCAGAUACACAGGCCGAUAAGCGACAGCCGGUUGUACCUGCUCCCGUUAAUACCGCGGCGGCCGCCGCGGCUAAGCUUAUCACGUCGUCGCAGGCUGCCGUCGCCGCAGCGGGGAAACUCGGCUUUCACAUCGGCCAGUCUUCGAAUCCCGCCGCCAGCCCGGCUGUUCAAGCACCUGCAGCUGCCGCCGUCGCCGCUGGUGGCGGUAUACUGCCCGCGAAAAAGCUCCCGAUCUCGCGCGGCGUGCCGCCCCCCGUACCACCGAAUAAGCCAGUGGUGCCGCCGAAAAAGGAGGCGGCCGCUUACCUCAGGAGACCGGAGUUGCAAUCGCAAAGCGCCCCGCAACCGCAGGAUGCCGGCAAAUACGGCAAACAGGCGGCCCCGUCGGUGCCCCACGGGGGUGCGAGCACGACUGCAACCUCCGGAACCGCUUCUACCGUGCAAGCGCAACAGCAGCAGCAACCGUUGGCGAACACCGCCCAGGCCGCUCCCGACGAUGAGGUCAGUAGCAAGCCAGCGGAGUCGAGAUAAAUACUAGAAUAGCGGAAUGAUGUGAUUAGUUGUUAGUUCAAUACACUCGCAGCACACGCUGUACAUGUUCAGUAUAGAGCAACGUGUGAAUGUGAUUUCAGACGAAGCGCUGAUUGAGCGCUAAGGGAAAGCAAGAGCGGAAAUGAGAGCUCGAGAGACCGAGUGUAUGUAACUGAGGCAGAGCAUAAUAGGAAAGAGAAAUGACAGAAAGCUACGUCGCAGUGUAUCGCGAUCUGUCGCUGGGGAUCUGCGCACAGUGCAAGGGAUUCUGUGCUCGCAUAGGAGACCGUUUCUGAUGUUGCCAGGCAAGAGAGGAGAAGUUGUUGAGGCGCUUGUACAUUCGGUAGAUUCGUCACGUCCUCGUUCAUGAGGAACGACAAUGUGUGUUGUACGUUACGACUAGAUCUCAUCUUCGAGUCGGCCGCAUCCAAAACGAAUCAUAAUCCUGUUACAUUUGCGGACGGGACGACGCUCGUAGUUGCGGCCGGAGCGCAGAAGCCGCGAGAAUUAGAGAUAUUUCAGAUACCUUAAGCAAGGUAGCUACUGUAGGUUCCUAGCUCAUCCUGUACGAUGGCGUUGAGCUGAACGAUUGUCCUGACACAGGCAUUGACCGUCACUGAUUAAUGAUCAAUUAAUCGGGAAGUGACAUGAACGUCGUCGAGAAUGUCGGGACUAAUCGCAGCUCAGUUCAACACCAACUCUGAUUAGAAUUUUCUAGUUAGAAUUUUCUUUUCCCCGUCUGCGGAGUGAUUACGCGAUACGAGCUGAAUCCACCUCUUGCAAAUCUCAUUGGCUUUGCAUACAUAUUUUUUCCGUUUGUAUUUUUAUAUAUUUACAGAUUUAUAUGCCCCGAUCUCGAAAUAUUUUGGUAAUAGUAAACGUAAUGUCAAGUCGAAUCUGUGUAUCGCUUUUUGAGACAGAUCUCCUGACGUAUAACGUUUUGCAAAUUUGCCACGCGAGUUUAUCUAAUCCGGAUUCAAGUCGUUUCGCACGAUCGCGUAUCCGUAUUGAUUCGUGAAAAGAAUUACCUGUGAGGGAGUAGUAUAUAUUAAGACCGUUAAACGGAUUUAGUUAAGCCAGACUGACGGCGCAAUCUAGCUAGAUGGGAGUAUAGGAAACUAUCGCACGUGCUAUGAUCACUGCCUUGUCUCACACAAUUGCGCAUAUCGGCUGCAAGCUUAGAGCUGUCAGAAAAGAAGAAUAUUUUACACAUUGAAGAGUAGACUCUAUCACUGUUUCUUCAAGAUACCAUUAUUAAUUUUGUCAUCGAGACGUUUUUCAGGAAAGUCCGAAGAAACGAAGAUAGUAUUUAUCAUUUCUUAAUUGUAACGUAAUAAUUUAGCAUAAUGUAACUGAGAUCUAUGUUACGACUUACCACGAAACUCACCGUUGAGCACGAUCUUCACGAUACUCUAGCCAGCUUUCGCCUUAUAGAUUACGUUAACAAUCGUUUCCCGUAAAAUCGGUGUCCAUUACACCAUGUCCACCUGUGAGAGAGAUGUACAGAAGGGAAUGUAUGUAUGACAAGCACACGCAGCCUCCUACGAUUUUAGGAUUCUUGGCUGGUGUGAUAUCUGAAUAUAAAACUCCUGGCAUUAUCAAGUCUUCCAGUGUUUUAGUUACGUACGUUUGUAGGACUUGUAUUCAGUUUUAGUCACGUCCGACACUGUGUUGCGUUACUCGAUUGACUGUUAGUUACCUUCGCUGCAUGUAAAGAUAACAAGCCAUCCUUUUGAUCGUCAUCGGCGAACACACAAGCAAGUAGCAGAAACUGGGACCAGGACCAAGGAAGUUACACCAAGCUUGUAACUUGUACUAAGGAAAACGCGCUCGCAAUAAAUAGUAACAGCAACUACAAGAAGAACAACAGCAGCAACCGCAACAAUAAGUACUGAUAGCGAACGUGAAAUAAUAACUGUAACAAUAAUAAGAUUGACGGUGUACCCUUUACGUUGAUUAUUGACGAUACUAACGAUAAUAAUAUGAUACUAAUGUUUAAAAAAAAAACAAAAAACGCUAACGCUAGUAGCAUUAUAGCAGCAGCUGCGCCGAUCUUAACGGUAGUUAAGCAUUAGUUGAUAGUAGAGAUAAUAGCGCUGAUACGACUACAAUAACAAUAAUAGAUGUGCUUCUUGCAGUAAGGGAGACAGAAAUCAUCGUCGAAAGCAUUAUCAUUAAUAGGCAGACGGAGAUCUCAUCGCGCGUUGCGCGUUAACUCGUUAAUCUCUAAGUCAAGGUAAUCCAGUAGAGAGAUUCGUCGGAGUUAGACUGGACUUAGUGUACACAUUUCAAGAGUUCCGUAUUAUCCGAUAGUUCAAGCGCUGCGGCUCUCGAUAACGAAACUAUCCGAGAUUAGAACCAAGAACAAACUCACUUGGCUACUUUCUUGACUAUUCGAGAACCAACUGUCGCUCUUCGGGAGUGAUAGUUACUCUUGACACAUAAAUCUGUACGCUAUGCAUAUAAAAUUUAUAUAUAUAUAGAAAAUAGAAUAUAAAAAAUGUUCAGUAAGAACUCUCGAUGAACAUCCGCUCUCGAAGACCGCUGUGUUCUCGCGUAUCCAUUCAUCGCAUAAGGUUUUUCAUUUCUCGUGCUGUACGAUAAGUAACCGAUUAGUAAUUAACGCUGGAAGGAUCCGAGCGAAUCGUAGAGAAUCUGUCUGAUACAUGUAGUAUAGAGGUUUGCAUUCUCUGGUCUCUCUUGCGCUCUCGAGUUGUAUAAAAUAUCUUGAAUCUAAUAAAUGGAUCCUUUUGGCGUUGUGAACGCAUAUGCACACAUAUUGCGUAGAUAAACGCAGCUCUGCGGAAGCGAACAAUACUUUGGAUACUUGAUAGUUAAUCAAUGUGUACAUAGAUCGAUACGACAUAAAAGAAGGCGCAAGUCAGCGAUAAAAUGAUAGGUGGACGUCGAUGGAGGAGUCAUCGGCGAGUCAUACAAAUCGCGCAUUCACAUCUUGUUAAUUUUAUCAGAUUCAUCAUGUAUAUACGUGUAUAAGGCAUAGUGUGCCAGUCGCAUGUUCGUCCCUCGCAGGCGGGCGAGUGGAUUAAAGUUUUAAGAGACCGUCGUAUAUUAUAAGCGAGAGAGGAGAAUGUCAAAGCGCGGAUAUAUAUCGAGCAUUUAGAAACGGGAGCAUCGGCGAUGCUUUCUCAUCGAGGCUGUCGGAAUAUUCGAUUCUGUGAGACACCGAUUCAUAUCUAACAUUAAGUGAUUAUCGUUGCUCUUUGUUAGCGUCUCUCCAUUCUAAACGUGACUCGUUUCCGAUUAAGCGUAUACGUUAAUGGCAUGAUUUAUAAUUUAUAAUCGCGAGUCUCUCCCGAGAAUGAUUUUAUCAAUAUUGCAGAUAACAUUUUCUAUCCUUUCGUGUUUAACAACUCAGGCUGUUUCCGCGAUUGUACCGUUCCCUACAAGUAUUUGCUUUCAAAUUGAAUUAUCCUGUUUCGAGGAUUCGUUCUCUAUCGUGCUAUCUCAGCGGAAUUAUCGUGUGAUUUUUGUUCUAUUAUGUAUGUAGAAGAGAGAACUUUAUUUUUUGAGUGAUAGUGACAUUUCGAACUGAGCGAGAGACAAACUUUUAUACGUGCGGGAUGUUCUCGCGAGCGUCAUUAUGUGCGUAUUACGUGUACAUUCAAUCAAAGCGACCCUCCUCCUCCGCAUCUCAUGUCAAAGUACCGGAUCAAAAUGUAUUGUACUCACGAGUGUGUGCGAGCACGUUACAUUUUAUAAUAAGUGUUGUAUUAUUAAUUAUAUAUUCUCUCCACAGAUCUUAGAGAUAGAACGGCGCUCUCGAGCGGUCGAUCGGGAGAGUACACUUAUUAAUUGACUAAUUAGAACGUGUCGUGUGGCUCGAUAGGUCGCGCCGAGGCCUUCCGAGAUUGUACAUAGUACAACUAUUUAAUAUUGCUUAUAUAUAUACAUACGAACCUAGACUUAAACGAAACUGUGAUUUUUUUACGUUGUAAGGCAUUCUAUCGGAUUGCCGACUUAUUUUACCGUUUUUCUCUGAGUUUAUCGAGCAAUCUGUCGCCGAGUGUAAUUAAGGCUUCAAUUAAGGCUUGUUAUACGUUUACCUGUGGCACGUAUACGUUGUCGGUCAAUAAUCUGAGUACAUAUCUCGAAUUCAAAUCAAUUUAAAUUGCGUGAUUUCAAUCUAAAAUGGACAAAUGCGUUUCGAGAAAUUACAAUGAGAAUACUCAGACUAUUGGUCGAUAAUUAAAUGGUAUACGUGCUUUCCAGUGUUCUCGCGCAUCUCUCUUCGCGAUUGUAUCGGCUUUAAAUAAAUCACGAUGUAAAUAUGUCAGGUAAAACUUCCUCGCGCUUCUCUCUAAGGAGUGUCAACGUCGAAGUUCAGUUCGAGAUCUUCCAAUAGCAUCUGCGUGAAUCUCCCGCAAGAGAGAUAAUUGUGUUGAGCGAUCAUGAGGAAUUCGAUGAUCGUCAAGCUCUCUUCGUCAAGCUGAUCUCCGCGAUUGUACUUAACUCGUGUACAAUUUGUAAAUUGCGCGUUCGUCGCGAGGUAUCCCUCGGAUGCGAGGGAUGCACGGGCAAAUCUCUGCAAAUACUCUGCGAAUUAUCGUAAUUCUCGUUACUAUACUCCGCCGAUCAUUGCGCGUUAGGACACACAUAGGCGAUCCCGUAUUUAUUUUAAGCUAUAUCCUGUGUAUACUGAAAUAUAUCAGCAUGGUACCUGUCGACAAUUGAUUGAGUUCACAUCGAUCGAUGAUCACGAGUAGCGAGCGAUUCCAUUGAUGUACAGAAUCCUAGCGAAAUUCCACGAGUUUUGCGGACUUUCGUUGCAAAACUGAAGAAAGAAGAAAAGAGAAGAAGAAAAAUAAUAAUAGACCUGCAGAAUUUAGUAUCACCGUUAAACGACGUUAAUUGCGUGUGACGAGAUCUUUUUACGAAGAAUUGAAACUAUUCGCUCACCGGCAGUUCCGCGCAUUGCAGCUCGAGUAAAUGAAUUGCAUCAAGACUGAGCAGUCUAGUAAUAACGUUCUCAAUUGAUUUCGAUGAUUGUUAGUUGCCGAAUUACUUAAACGGAGCUAGAAACGCAAACAGCGCAGCUAGAAAUCUAAGACACAUGUGUGUUUCUAUUGAAAUCUAUCUUGUAUAUCCGAUUUUUCUGUCAUAACUGUUCGGAAUCGUCGUCAUUAUCAUCAUGGUCAUCGUUAUCAUCAUCCUCUAUGUCCGGAUUGAGGCAAAACAAAUGUAAUGUAAUACAAUAGUAAUUGUUAUCUUCUGUGCUAUACAAAAGGAAAAAUAUACAUUGACAUAUGAUUA